AUGGGCGUGGUAUCGUCUCCCGUUUAUGACACCUAUUACAUCCGCUCCUAUGGAGUUUCCUCUCGCCGCAAGUUUAAUUGGAUGCCUUAUUAUCAGUCAGAUAUCCAACAGUGUCUACCGCCAAUGUUCUUUGAAGGAGCGGACACAUGGUGUGCCAUAACACCAUUGCUCCAUUUCGCAAUUGUUGAGAUCCAUGUCACCGAUAGAGUUUUUCGACAAUUUGGGUUUCACCAACCGAUAGAAAUGUCAAUAUAUAACAUUGACGAUUUGCAUAAAGUAGAUGUGCGUGGGAAACAUAGUGAAGAUUGGUCGAGGAAGCAUGCUACAUUCAUAUAUGAUUGGUAA